AUGUCCGAUCAAAACGUCCUCUACAUCAAUCGUGUCCUAGGGGGCCUUCAUAAUGACCUAUCCUUCCUCGUCGACUCCGGCGUCAUCACAGAACAAGCCUACAACUCCAUUUCCGCCCAGAUCCCCCGCCGCUGGGCUGCAGGUUCUGUCGUCACCUCCCCCACCAACGCCAUCGCAGUCUCCGCUCCCCCCGCGGCCGCUGCUUCCCCCCAACACCAACAAUCAAACAUCACCGCCCUCCAAGACAAAUUCUCCAACUCCCUCUCCCUAAAUCCUCAUCAACCCCAACCCCCUGCACCACCCGUGCGAGGUCCAGCACCAAUCGCACACGCAACGGCACUGUAUGCAUACCCCGCCUCCGACCCCGGAGAUCUUGGGUUACAGCCGGGAGAGAGGGUCGAGGUGUUGGAGUACGUUAAUGGAGAUUGGUGGAAGGGGCGGAUUGCGGGGACGCAGCGUGAGGGGAUCUUUCCAUCCAACUACGUUCAGUUACAAGAAAAGUCGAUGCCGCCGGCGCCUAUGCCGUAUCAGCAACAACAGCUAUACGCUCCCACCCAGCCGGGACCGUACAACGCACCGAUCCCGUACCAGCAACAGCAGGUCCAGCAACAACCACCACAACAGACUGUCAUUGUCGAGCCAAAGAAGGAGAGUAUGUUGCAAGGCGUCGGAAAGAAAUUCGGUAAUGCGGCGAUUUUUGGAGCGGGAGCGACGGUUGGUGCGGAUAUUGUGAAUGCUAUUUUUUAA